ACGUCAAGAAUGUCUUCACCGCCCAUAAGCAACGCGCCUUCAUUUUCUGACAAUAAGAUUUCCGAAACAAAUGUUCAAUCUACACAGCUUGUUUCAAACGAUGGUCAAGCUGCAGGUACAAGUAGAAGUGCAGCUGUCUACCCUAAACCAAGACCAGCUUCAAAGUUCACACGAGGAGAAAAAUGUUUAUUUACUCAUUUAGUGGUGACUUUCGCCAUCCUGCUUCUGCUGUUUAUCGUUUUCGUGGUGCACUUGUACGUGGUCAGACAUCAUGGAAAUGAGAUGUUUGAGGGCAUAUUGAGAAGAAGAGUAGCUGAAGAGGAGUCAGACUCUCCACCAGUAGGCGUUGUGUACGUUCUGCCGGACUAUUAUAUGUGCAACUCCCUGCUCUUGCGUCCGCGAUGGUCAUUGGCACCAGCGCACUGUGUGGCUGCCCGAUCAGAACCGAACUUGGCUUAUGCUCUACCAAGCUGGCGAAUAACAUAUGAACCAAAUACUGAGUCAGUUCUAGAUGAUUUUUCAGAAACACUGAUAACUCGCAGCGUGCCACAUCCUCAUUUUAACAGAGACGACUUCCAAAAUAACAUAGGACUCUUUCAACACGAGGAUGCUUUACAUCAUCUAGUUUCAAACGUGUAUAUGAGCGAUGUCUCCUACUUGAACGAUUACAACCUUAGGAUCAAUGCAAACGAUUUAAAAUUGAUCAGUUGGGAAGAUUCGUGGCAUCUACAUGGUCACGUAGUACAAAAUCCCGUUCAGCCGUUGUCGCCGGAAAAAUGUAAGCUGUACGUUUCUCCAGUCGUGGAUAUUAGGGAUUACGAACACUGCGUAACAAUGAUGGAGAGACGGAAUGUGUCUAUAGCCCCUGGAGCGGUAUUGGCGAUGAAAUCCGAGUUCGUCGGGAUAUUUACGUGGGGUGACUCCAAAGGCAGGGGGCUCCCUUUCGUAAUACUGAACUUAGAACACUAUAAAGACUGGAUCACAUACAUUGUCUCUGCAAGGUAAACGUCGCAAUAUUUUACCUUUUUUUUAAUUAACAUUGUUUGCUGUGAAUAAGUAAAGAUUGAGCGUGCCAA